AUGAGUUCGGUGCCACGCUUCGUCGGCCGAAGAGCCGUCGGUACUCAAUCCUCCCAAUUGGCGGCCUCGUCAUGGGCCUGCUUUUCGUGUCGCAGCCAACAACUAUUAUUCGUCCAGAACCAACAAUGGCGCCGGCAACUUUCUACGUCGUCCGAUAGCUCCUCUACCCCCCGGGGAAAGACGACGACGACAACGUCACAGCAACAAGCAUCGGGCACGAAGAAGCAGCAGCAACAGAGCAGCAGCAGGGCAUGGAGAUGGUUCUCGACCGAGGGCGCAAGCAGACGCCAGCAGCAGCAGCAGCAACAACAACAACAACAACAACAACAGACUAGGAGAACGGGCGUGUCGCCGGAGAUGGAGAAAGUCAGGCUCGAAUACAAGAAGAGGAAUCAAUCGACCAUGUACUAUGUCAUUAGUAUUAUUCUGGGUACCGUGGCGUUCUCGUAUGGCUCGGUGCCUAUGUAUAAGAUGAUCUGCCAAACCACCGGUUGGGGCGGCCAACCCGUCCGCGCCCACGGCGCCGGCGGUUUCGGUUCCGACGCCGACGUCGACCUCGCCGCCAAGCUCGAGCCCGUCACGGACGCCAAGCGCAUGCGCGUGACCUUCAACGCCUCGGUGUCGGACGUGUUGCCGUGGAAGUUCGUGCCCCAGCAGCGCGAGGUGCGGGUCUUGCCCGGCGAGACCGCCCUGGCCUUUUAUACUGCCACCAACAAGAGCGACAAGGACAUUAUUGGUGUCGCGACGUACAGCGUCACCCCAGCCCAGGUGGCGCCGUACUUCAGCAAGAUCCAGUGCUUCUGCUUUGAGGAGCAGAGGCUGAACGCCGGCGAGACGGUGGAUAUGCCCGUGUUUUUCUAUUUGGAUCCGGAUUAUUUAAAUGAUUUGAACAUGAAGGGGAUUGAGACUGUUACGUUGUCUUAUACGUUCUUUAAGGCCAAGUAUGAUGAUAACGGCGUACUUAAGGGCGUACCGGGCACUUCUUAG